AAUUUGCCCGCCAACCAGAAAGAAAAUGAGAGGCUCUCAUCUUCAGACCCCGCAGAAGGAACAUCUAGUCCCAAUUCCCCGAUCCAAAUCUCUAUCCGACUACAAUACGAAGCAUCAAAAGAUCAGUAAAUGCUUGAAUUCUGUGUCUACUUCGGUUUCAGAAGAUGUCUUGCUCGAAUCACCCAAGGAUUCGAUAAAAUCUUCUUCGACGUCGGAGGUUUGUGUCGAUAAUCAACUCGGCGACUCUCCAGAAAUCAGUAAAUGUUUGGAUUCAGUGUCUACUUCGGUUUCAGAAGAUGUCAUGUUCGAAUCACCAAAGGAUUCAGUAAAAUCCUCUUUGACACUGGAGGCUUGUGUUGAUAAUCAACUGGCUGACUCUCCAGAAAGCUUGGCCACACCAUUGAAUCCAGACUUAUCACCUUUAUCGAAGACUAUUUCUGUAUUUGAUGUCACUCCAUUGUCUUCCACUAUCACUACUCACGAGGUCGAAGCAAACAGUCGCUCAGUUUCAGUCAGUUGUGUUGGACUAGGCAAAUCGACUUGUGUGAGAAUCAGUUCCGUGGAGGAAGAGAUGCUGGUGAAUCUUAUUAGAGAAGCUCGAACUCAGGUCCUGAAUUCAAAUGAUGUGGCUCUCCGAUCUAAGAAGCUUUUGGAUAGGCUAGUCAAGUUUAUGAUUGAGGAUUUCCAAUGUUUGCCUGAGGAGAGGGACUGGAUCAAUGAACUACCUUUGAAGAAAUGUCGUGUUGUGCUUUUGAGUUUCGUGCUAUGGAUCUUAGCAGUGUUGAUGCUUUUCUCCUUCAGUUCAGAUGGCCAAGGCUCUUUAUAUGGACCACCACCAACCUAGAGUUCUUUUCUGAGGCAUAUUAUACAGCAGAUUGGUUGAUAUGGUAAGAUCUUUUGUUGUUAGGCUUGAUUGAUCCUCUUUAUGAUUUGAGAUGCAUUUACUAUAUAGUGCUGAAAAUUUGACGUGAUACUGUAAAUACUGCCUGAAGUUUGCG